AUGUCACAGUCAUAUCCUCAGCCCGGAGUACCGGGACAGGACGGGUACGGUCAACCACCAGUUGUAGGACAACCAGUCGAAGGCUACGAGACAGGACCUGCGCCCGCAACAUCACCUGUGCCCACUACGACUGCAGCACAAGCUCAUGGAGGGCGGAAGAAGCGAGCAUAUGCUGGACAGGCAUAUGAGUUCGGCGCUGGGGCCAAUGCUGCUCUGGGAGGUCAGCAACAAGCUGGUGGUGCAUACCCUGGGUACUCCGCGCAACAAGACGCAGCUGGCUUACCCCAAGGAGGAUAUCAGCAGAAUCCUGUCGCGGUUCAGCCUGGCGUGACUCCUUUAUACCCCAGUCAGGAUCCUGCGACCGUGGGCGGUUAUCAACCUCCGGCCCAGGGAUACCCUGCAGGUGGUGUACCAGCUUUGACACAACAGUUUGGUCAAGUCGAUAUCAAUCCAAAGCCACCUAUCGCAGCAGCGCCUCAGCAACAGACACGAGCCCCAGUGUUGAAUCAGCUGUAUCCCACAGACUUGUCGAACCAGCCUCUCAAUGUUGCGGAACUGGACUAUCCACCGCCUCCAGCCAUCCUUCCUCCUAAUACGAGCGUUACGCCCUCACCCUAUGCCAACUGUCCUCCCAAAUACGUCCGAUCAACCCUGAACGCUGUUCCGACAACGCAUUCGCUUCUCAAAAAGUCUAAACUGCCGUUCGCGCUUGUCAUACAACCAUACACUUCUCUACACGAUGUGGAGGACCCUGUGCCGAUUGUGCCUGACCAGGUCAUAUCUCGUUGCAGACGUUGUCGAUCAUACAUCAACCCGUUCGUGACAUUUUUGGACCAUGGCCAUCGAUGGAGAUGUAACAUGUGCAAUCUCACCAACGAUGUGCCUCAGGCCUUUGAUUGGGAUGCGGCAACGCAAAAAAGUCUUGACAGAUGGCAGAGACCGGACUUAAACCACGCCGUGGUUGAGUUUAUCGCCCCUCAGGAAUACAUGGUUCGACCUCCCCAACCGCUUGUCUAUCUUUUCCUCUUGGAUGUGAGUUACGCUGCGGUGACCAGCGGACUACUGGCGACGACAGCUCGAUGCAUUCGCGAGAGUCUGGACCGGAUCCCGAACGCGGAUCGGCGCACACGACUUGGCUUCAUCGCUGUGGAUUCAAGCCUUCACUUCUUCAACAUUCCUCGUGACGGCACCGAGAAUGCUCAGACAACCAUGCUUGUUGUCAGUGAUCUUGAGGAAGCGUUCUUACCUACACCUGCGGACCUGCUUGUCACUCUGUCAGAAUGCCGUGAAAACAUCGAGAACUUCCUCGACAAACUUCAGGAGAUGUUCCAAAACACGCAGAAUGGUGCGUCGGCGAUGGGUUCAGCGCUACGAGCAGGUCACAAACUCAUAGGACCCGUCGGCGGAAAGAUGACGGUGGUGACGGCUUCGCUCCCCAACAUCGGGCAGGGCAAGCUUGAAAUGCGCGAGGACAAAAAACUUCUUGGGACAUCGAAGGAAAGCACCUUGUUGCAAACCGCAAACAGCUUCUACAAAAGCUUUGCGGUCGAAUGCUCGAAGCAACAGAUCUCCGUCGACAUGUUCUUGUUCUCAUCCCAAUAUCAGGAUGUCGCUUCUCUCAGCAAUCUGCCGAGAUACACUGGUGGACAGACUUACUUUUACCCGGGUUGGAAUGCUGCUCGUGAGGAGGAUGCCAUCAAAUUCGCGAAGGAAUUUUCGGAUUAUCUGUCUGCGGAGAUUGGGCUCGAAGCAGUUCUCCGGGUCAGAGCAACGACUGGCCUGAGAAUGAGCACUUUCUAUGGCAAUUUCUUCAAUCGCAGUUCCGAUCUCUGCGCCUUUCCGGCGUUCCCACGAGACCAAAGCUACGUGGUGGAAGUGGCAAUCGACGAGACGAUCACCAAACCUGUGGUUUGCAUGCAGACAGCGGUUUUGCACACGACCUGUAACGGUGAGCGACGUAUUCGGGUUAUGACACUGGCGCUACCGACCACGCAACAGUUGGCGGACGUUUACGCCUCCGCGGACCAGCAAGCCAUCACAGCGUAUUUCAGCCAUAAAGCUGUUGAGCGCGUCUUGAGCAGUGGCCUGGACAGUGCGCGUGACAUGAUCCAGAGCAAACUGAUUGAACUACUCGCCACCUACAAGAAAGAGCUUGCCGGCGGUAGCAUGGGAGGCGGUGGUCUCCAAUUCCCAGCAAAUCUUCGUGCUCUCCCGGUCUUGUUCCUCGCCUUGACCAAGCAUUUGGGCCUAAGGCGGUCGUCACAAAUACCCAGCGACAUGCGUUCGGCGGCACUAUGUCUACUGUCCACCCUACCUCUGCCGCUGCUGAUACAGUACAUCUAUCCGAAGAUGUUUUCCUUGCACGACAUGCCGGAUGAUGCAGGAACGGUUGAUGAGAAGACGGGCGAGAUCAUCCUUCCACCACCCCUCAAUCUUUCGUCUGAGCGAAUUGUACCUUACGGACUGUACCUGAUCGACGAUGGUCAAACGCAGUUCCUUUGGGUAGGCCGCGAUGCCGUUCCACAACUGGUCAUGGAUGUGUUCGGGCUGGCGGACAAGAGCCAGUUGAAGGUCGGAAAGCAACGACUGCCAGAAUUGGACAAUGAUUUCAGCGAGAGACUCAGAGCGGUUGUCUUUAAAAGUCGGGAUCACCGGUCAAAAGGCGUGGGCAGUAUUGUUGUGCCGCACCUCUAUGUGGUGAAAGAGGAUGGCGAACCGGGAUUGAGACUAUGGGCACAGACGAUGCUUGUGGAAGACAGAGCAGAUCAAGGGGUCAGCCUUCAACAGUGGAUGGGAACGCUGCGCGAAAAGGUACAGUAA